CUCUACAGAACCCCUGUAAAGGAUACUGAGCCAUGUGGUGAUUUGGAGCAUGCAGUGGGGAUAGACCAAAGAAAACAGGACCCUCUCUCUGACAGCAAGUGCAGGAUUAUAGAAAUGGACCUUGGACAUGUCAUGUGGUCUGAUGAUCUAGAAAAAGGAGAUCAACAUCCCCCUCUUGGUCCACUGCCCCCCCUGGUGGGCCGGAGGGGUCCAGGUAAACAGAGCUCCAUGGCGGUGUACAGACAGAACCUACAUGACCCUGAAGACACAACAGAAACACAAACAGGAAUCACUAGAGGUUGUCUCCCUCUGGAGCUCAGAGAAUGGCAGGGAGGCCAAGCGGUGGGCACCCUAAUAAUGGGUCCUGAUGGUGAAAUCAUACGCUUGUCUCUCUGGGAUCCCGCAGUUGACACUGAGGACCACCCAAUAAUGGGUGAUGUCACACAAGGUCACGUUCUUAAGGUUGUGACUUCUGAGGGAGAUCUGAAACAGCCUUGGACAGCCUUUACACAGGGCCACGACACAGAUGAAGGUCUGUUUGCAGAAGAAGACACCACAAGUAAUACUGAAGAAACUACUUCAAACACAGAACGGCUUGACUCUAGUCAUGAGAAGUUUAAGGUCAAUAAAACUGCAGAGAAAAUGAACGCCAAGAAGAGGCAGCAUCCAUUAGGUUCCCACAAUAAAACAGUUCGGAAGAGGCAGGUGUUUAAGAUCAGCUCUCAUGAAGAAACUAAUGCAGAGGAGAAGGAGGAACAGUUGGAGGAUGAGGAAGAGGAGGAGGAAGAGGAAGAGCAGGAGGAGGUGGAUGAGGAAGAGGAGGAUGAGGAUGAGAACGAAGAAAAUGGCUCUGACAAUAAACCUGUUAAUAAAGCACGGGUGUUUAAGGUGAAAGCUCAUGCACAUCAGAACAAUGCAGAGGACGAUUUCAGCUCGGACCGUCAGAGAAUACAGAAAGAAAGAGUGAUUAAGCUCAGGUUACAUGCAGAGCAGACUAAAGCCAAGAGGAAGAAAAUUCAUUUAGGUGCUGACAAUCAAAUAAUCCAGGAUGAACAGGUUUAUAAGGUCAGAUCUCGUGCAAAGCAGACUAAUGCCAAGAAGGAUGAUUGUUUAGGCGCUGACAGUGAAAUCAUCCAGGAGGAAAAGGUGUUUAAGGUCAGAUCGCGUGCAAAGCAGACUAAUGCCAAGAGGAAGGAUGACUGCUUGGGUGCUGACAGUGAAAUAAUGCAUGAGACACAGACAUUUAAGGAGAGAUCCCAUGCAAAGCGGACUAAAGCCAAGAGGAAGGAGGAUUGCUUCGGCUCUGACAGUGAAAUAAUUCAGGAUGAACAGAUCUAUUUACCUGAGGAGAGAUUAGAGGAAAUGAGCAGCUCAACGACUCCCCAGCUCAACAAAACCGGGGAGGAGGCCACUAAAAGAAACCGUAAAGUAAAGGCAACAACUUUACAGCCGGAAACAAAGGUGACACGGGGGUCAAGGAAGUCCAAAGGUGCUGCGCCUGCUAUCAGCCCUAAAUCAACACAUCUCUCUCCCAGAGCACAUUCACCGGACUCGUUGUCUCCUGAAGGGCAGGCAGAAAUCCCGACAGGAUUACCAACGGAGGCAGAAAAAGGUCAUUCUGAAAACACAGUUGGAAGAGAAUACGCAGAACAUAUGCUGGUGGAGGAAGUGAAGAAAAAUAAAAAGUCUAAUAAGCACACAGGCAAAUCGAAAGGGAAAAGUGUUCAAAUUCAUGAAGACAUUGAAACCCGGAAUACCAGUGUUCUUGAUGAUCCCACUCCUACUUCAAAGAAAAAUAAAAAGAAAACAGGAAAAGAGAAAAAAGAAGAGACUAAAGAGGAAACGGAAGAGCCUACAAAAAAAGCCCAGAAUUUGACAGUUAAAGUUAAAAAGAAAAAGGGUCAACCAGCAUUUGUUGUAGGAAAACCUCGGCCACAGGAUGUUGAACGGAUGGCAUAUCCAGUGGAUGAGCCCGAGAGACUGAUGACCCACGAGAGAGAGGUGACGACUCACGACUCAGAGGAUGAACUACAAAACACUGAGAACACUCCAGAACACACCUACACUGACUCUGAAGAUGACAGGGACGCUGAUACAGACCCAGAGAGUACAGACACACAUGAAGCACACCAAGUCUCUCCCAGAUCAGUUUACAGCACUCACAGAUCCCAGCACUCACUCAUUUCAGCUCGUUCAGAUGCCAGCAUUCACAGACUCUCACAGAGCUCCGUCAGAACCCCCUCAAUGGGCAUGGCGUCCCACUGCGGCCCGUGCAGCCCAGCACCCCUGUCUCUCAUCUGCCUGCCUCCUCAGUCAGCAACACCUCCUGCCUCAGACCCUACUGGAUCUGAGCCAGGCAAUCAUGUUAAAAGCAACGAGGUUCCACCUAACCAAACCGACAAAAAAGCUGCAGCACUGGCUGAAAAGGCAGAGCGCCGUCGUCUGGAGGUGGAGAAGAAACGGAAGGAGAGAGAGGAGGAAAAGAAGAGACAGCAAGAAAAGGAGGUGACAGAAGAGAGGAUGAGGCUGGAACUGGAAGAAGAACAAAGGAAACGAGCAGAGGAAGCGAGGUUACAGAAGAUCAGAGAAGAAGAUGAGAGACAAAGAAGACAGGAGGAAGAGAUGGAGAGACAGAGGAGAGAGCGGGCAGAGAAGGACAGAGAAAGAAGACAACAGGAGGAGAAGAGGAGGCUGCUGGAACGGCUCCAGAGAGAAAGACAGGAAGAGGAGAAACGGCAGGCUGCUCAGCUGGAACGUCGGCGUUUGGAAGAGGAAGCUCGCAAGGAGGAGGAGCUGAGGAAGCUGUCAGAGAUGGAGGAGGCUGAGAGACUGGAGUACCUGCGCAGACAGCAGGAAGAGGAGGAGGAGAGGAGGAAAGCUGCUGAGGAGAGGAGGAGGAGGGAGGAGGAAGCAGCCAUGCAUGCUGAAGAACAGGCCAGACUGCAGGCUGAACUGUUUGUCAGGCAGAGGGCAGCACUGGAGCAGCACUUAAAGUUUCAGAGGGGUCUUUUUGUGGAGGCUGAAGGCCUGGAGCAGACACAGGAUAUAUCUCGGCCCUGGAUUUUCUCCUAUUUCGCCCUGUUGAAGCUGCUGGGCUUGGAUGACGCUGCAUCUGAGGACACACUCAAAGAUGUGCUGUAAUUCCUUCAUUUGAGUUCAUGCAGUAAAUUCUCUAACCCAGCGCUUACAGCUAGUAUUUUGAGUUAUGUGCAAUUUUCUUAGUAGGUGAACAAUCUGUGUCACAUGUGAAUCAGCUAAAAUGCUGGAUCGCUCACAUAUUCUCAGAUGUCUAACUCUGUCAUUUCAACAUAUCAGCACUUUUGAAUUCUAGACCUGAAAAAGUCAUGUAAAAUAAUAAAAUAUUAAAACACCCUGGGCAUUUUCGUAAAGAAUAUAUAUAUUUUUCUACAUAUGCCAAGCGCUAAAACUCAUUCAAAUGUUGUUGUGGACAAUGAAUGAGUGGGAGUCAACUGAGGGUCAAAGAGGUUGAGAAGCACUGGCAAAGAGUGAGCAGCGCCCUCUGCUGUCCACAUCAGGACAUCUUUAGUCACAAGAUGACAUAUUUCAGGUAUAAGCUCUUAUGAUUAUUAUUAUUAAAGUUCAUUUUAAACUAUAGUAGAAUUCUAGUAUAUGCA